AUGAAUACAUCAGAUAUAUUUAAUAAUGAAACAUUUAUAAUAACAACAACAACAACAAUUCAAAGUAUUCAAAAAUAUUAUGUAGAAAAUCCAUUUGAUUCGUGGUAUAUUGGUGGUCUUAUAUUUAUGGUGACUGUUAUUUUAGUGUUACUUUAUGCAAAUUUUUAUCAAGAAAAUUCUUUUCAAAUUUUAUGGACUCGGUUAUUAUUAAAACUUCAUAUAAUACAACCAUCAUCAAUCGAUUCUCGUCAAGGGACACGUUGUUGA